AUGACGGCCACCUCAGGCGACCAUGUCUGGGCUAAAGCCCGACCUCCGCAGCUCCUCACGACGUUGGCGCAAGCUCGAGAAAAUGAGAAUGAGGGUUUCACUUUUCGAUGUCGAUUCCUGCAACUCCGGCGGCCAUUGACUUCAAUCCAAAUAUUGAUGUCAUUGGACAUCUCGGUUGCCUUUGGAAUGUCUUCGAACAUACAGUUGUCUUUGGACAUCCAGUUGUCUCCAGAUUGUCUUCGGAAAACUUGGUUGCCUUCGGAUGAGUCCACAUGCUUAACAGGAUAUUCUUCGCCACCUUGCUCAUGUUAUCUUCACAAGGUUGGCCAGGAUCCGCAACCACUUGCCCGACUUGUCUACAUAGGUGGUUGGCUAGUUUCCCCUUCCCCGGUUGCCUUCGGAUUUAAUAAUAUUUCCAUAUACCCCUUAGUUGGUGAUUGCACGGCAUAUGCACUAUGCGAACAGCCACAAGGGGGGCUGAAGCCCAUUGAAACUUUUGCUAAUUGGAGUGUCGUUUAUACCUUGUGCUUGUUGAACGCUUGGGAAGGCAAGAAGGGUAUUUUAAUAAUUUGGGCGGACACAUGCCUGGUGUCAGUUAGGGAGAUGGUUCGUCAUGGAUUCCAAGGAGGAAUUCGGGGUGGGUCCUUUCAAUCGGAAGGCCCUUGGCCAACACCACACCGGUACUCUACGAUUGACCAUCAUUGUUUUGCAGGGUUCAAGGAAGAGUUCAUUCAAGAGAAGCAAGGAUUUUCUCCGAAUAUUCCAAGGGAGGAAAUUUGCACAAACAAAGUCCCCCUUGGCUGGCCACUUGGAGCGCGAGAACUAGCACUCUUGUCCUCUCCCAAGUUCUCAUUCUCUCGUCUCCAUCCAUCCUUGGUGAAAAGUUUUGGUGAGACUAUUAUACUUAUUGGUGAGCCAUAG